CCCCCCCGCAGUCUGCAGUGUACAUGCCUUUCAGACGGCGCUGCAUUGUUUUGCAAUGAACACAGCUGUUGCAGGCACACCGAGAUAGGCAGCGUUCCGCAGCACGCGAGGAGACAGAGCCGCUGUUUCAGCUGAAACUGUGAACGAGGAAACUGGCACGCAUCAUUGAGGGACAGGGGGAACCCAGAGCCAUAAGAAGUGAGGACUUCAUCAGCAUGAUGAAUCACUGACACACAUCUGAAGGCUGGGCAGGCUAACAGGAGGAGGAUGAAAGGUGGGCUGUGCUAGAGACAUGAUGGACCUCCCCAAUGGCCAAUCAGGUGCCACCACUGUCGCUGCUACAGCCUCUGAGAAGGGCAGCAGCUCGGAGUCUCUCAGUGAAAAGGGUUCAGAGCUGAAGAAGAGUUUUGAUGCGGUCGUGUUUGAUGUGCUCAAGGUCACUCCAGAGGAGUAUGCAGGCCAGAUCACCCUCAUGGACGCUCCCGUGUUCCAGGCCAUCCAGCCAGAGGAGCUGUCCAGUUGUGGCUGGAACAAGAAGGAGAAGCACAGCUCCGCCCCCAACGCUGUGGCCUUCACACGCAGGUUCAACCAGACCAGUUUCUGGGUGGUGAGGGAGAUCCUCCAUGCUCAGACCCUGAAGAUCAGAGCAGAGGUGCUGAGUCACUACAUCAGAACUGCCAAGAAGCUGUGUGACAUGAACAACCUGCAUGCUGUCAUGGCCGUGGUGUCUGGCCUGCAGAGCGCUCCCAUCUACAGACUCACCAAGACCUGGGCGGUGCUGAGUCGUAAGGACAAGGCGUCGUUUGAGCGUCUGGAGUACCUGAUGUCGAAAGAGGACAACUACAAACGUCUGAGAGACUACAUACGCAGCCAGAGUAUGACGUCCUGUAUCCCCUACCUGGGGAUGUACCUGUCUGACCUCACCUACAUAGACUCGGCUUACCCCUCCACCGGCAGCAUCCUGGAGAACGAGCAGAGGUCCAACCUGAUGAACAACAUCCUGCGCAUCAUCUCUGACCUGCAGAGGUCCUGCAGUUACGAUGUGGCUGUGCUGCCUCAUGUCCAAAAGUACCUGAACUCAGUCCGCUACAUCGAGGAGCUGCAGAAGUUUGUGGAGGACGACAACUACAAGUUGUCGUUGAAGAUUGAGCCAGUCAGUAGCACACCACGCCCCAGAGAAGACCUUGCAGGCCAGGAGGGGUCGGCCUCUCCUCUCUGUGGCAGGAAAGGCAUCAUAGUAGCCGAGGCAACCAAGGCCCCCGCCACCCCCCCCUCCCCCAGGAACCUGCUGCCCUACGGCCACAGGAAGUGCCACAGCCUGGGAUACAACUUCAUCCAAAAGAUGAACAGCGUGGAGUUCAAGAGCGCCACCUUCCCCAACGCCGGCUCUCGACACCUAUUGGACGACAGCGUCAUGGAGAGCCACGCCCCCUCCAGAGGACAGGCCGAGAGCUCCACUCUGAGCAGCGGCAUCUCACUGGGGAGCAGUGAAGGAUCAGAGCUUAGUGAAGAGAUGUCCUGGCCAGUCUUUGAGAGGACUCGCCUCUAUCACUCCCUGGGCCCUGUGACUCGCGCCACCCGUAUCCCCUACAGAGGAGCCCUGCGGUCCUGCAGCUCUGCAGAAUCGGAGGAGCUGGCGGUGCACCUGUACCCUGGAACGGUGACCCUGCAGGGGGUCCUGAGACGCAAGACCCUGCUGAGGGAGGGCAGGAAACCCACGGUGUCUUCCUGGACUAAGUACUGGAUGGCUCUGUCUGGAUCUCAGCUCUACUACUACAACGCCAAGUCUCUCAAGGCCAGCGAGAGGAAGCAUUUCAAGUCCUCCUGCAGUAAGAGUGUGUGUGUUGUAGGUCUGAUGGCCAUGAUGGCCGACGACCCCGAGCACCCGGACGUCUUCCUGCUCACGGACUCCGAGCACGGUAACAGCUACAAGUACCAGGCAGGUAACAAAGCCAAUGCUCAGCUGUGGUUUACACACCUCAGCGCUGCCUGCAGGAGCAACAGACAGCAGGUCCCAGCCAAUCUGAUGUCCUUUGAGUGAUGGAAGAGGAAAGGAGAGGAUGAGAGGAGAUGAGAGGAGACAAGAGGAGAGGAGAGACUCAGAUUAGAGCUAUCACUGCCAUGAGCUUAACUUCUGAACUCUGACCCCAAGCUCACUGCAGCCCCACCUCUGCCUUAAUGACACGACCCCUGAGUGUGUGUGUGUGUGUGUGUGUGUGAAUAUAGACAACUGAACUAGGAUCUGCACCACUGUUUCCCUGUGGAGCACUUCACACAAGGACCCUCCCUCCCUCCCCCCUCUCUCCCUCUCCCCCUCUCCCCCUCUCUCCCUCCUCUCUUCUCAUGGAUGGACAUAAAGGAUAUUUUCCUGUAUUUGUUUUGUUGAUGUCCACAUUCUAGCCUCUAGCUUUUUGGCCUAUCAUGGGCUACACACACUCACACACUCACUCACACACACAGUGAGAAUAUGUAAACAUCCACACAGAAAGCACUGGACAGCCUAAGUGUGUUGUAGUUUCAUCUCACGCUUCAUUAACCUUGUUUCUUGUUCACAUGCAUUCACACACACACACACACACGCGCACACACGCACACACACACACGCACACGCACACGCACACACAAUAUUAAAACUAACCCCGAGGGCUCCUGCAGGAACACACCUCUCUCCUCCUCUCACCUCCUCUCACCUCCUCUCUCCUCCUCUCACCUCCUCUCCUCUCACCUCCUCUCAC